AUGGAGGAUUAUUGGAUCAUGAUUUGUUCUGAGAAUGGAGGAAAUCUUUUCAGUUAUGAUUUCAAGUUUUUGAAAGAUCCUUCUUCAUGUAUUAACCACUUGUUGCUCAUUUUCUUUGAUUUAUUCAUGUUGAUGAUGUUAUCAAUCAUCAUGUUCUUAAAGUCUUCUUCGAGACCCUUUCGGAGUACAGCAAGAUAUUCAAACUUGCAGCUAGUUUCUGCCAUAACCAAUGUCACUAUUGGGUUGUUGCAUUUAUGCUUAGGAGUUUGGGUUUUAGAGGAGAAGUUAAGGAAAAACCACAAUGUCUUUCCUCUUAACAGGUUGUUACUAGAAUUCUUUCAAGGACUCACAUGGUUGUUUGUAAGUUUAACUAUAAGUCUUCAGAUAAAACAACUCCCAAGAGUAUGGUUGUGGCUGUUUUCUAUUCUCAUGUUCUUUGUUUCUAGUAUAUUAUGUGUUUUAUCGAUGUCUUAUGAAAUUCGAAGCAGAGAACAGUCUCUCGCGGCAAGUUUAGAUGUUAUAUCUUUUCCAGGAGCAAUCCUGCUGAUGUUAUGCACUUACAAAGCAUCUAAAUGUGAAGAUACUGUCAUAGACACUACCGAAAGCCUUUAUGCUCCGUUGAAUUGUCAGUUUAACGAUGUUGUUCCUAAUAACAAUGUAACCUUAUUUGCGAAAGCUGGAUUCUUUAGUAAGAUAUCGUUUUGGUGGUUGAAUCCAUUGAUGAAAAGGGGUCAAGAAAAAACACUUCAAGAUGAGGAUAUUCCAACGUUACGAGAGUCUGAGCGAACAGAAAGUUGUUAUUUGUCAUUUGUAGAACAAGUAAACAGACAGAGAGAAAAUGAACCAUCAUCGCGUUCAUCGGUAUUAUGGACAAUCGUUUUAUGCCACCGGAGAGACAUUUUUAUAACAGGUUUCUUUGCUUUGAUCAAGGUACUUGCUGUGUCUUGUGGCCCUCUACUUCUGAAUUCCUUUAUAUUGGUUUCUGAGGGUAAUGAAAGUUUCAAAUAUGAAGGUUAUAUGUUGGUCAUAUCACUCUUCGUCAUGAAGAUCGUAGAAUCCAUAUCACAAAGACAAUGGUAUUUCCGAGGUAGAAUUAUUGGGAUGAAAGUUAGAGCACUACUUACUGCAAGCAUUUAUAAAAAAGUAUUACGGCUAUCUAGUUCUUCUAGAUUGAUUCACUCUAGCGGUGAGAUAAUGAAUUAUAUGACUGUGGAUGCUUAUAGAAUCGGAGAAUUUCCAUUCUGGUUUCACCAGACAUGGACAACAAUCCUCCAAUUGUGUAUUGCGAUAAUAAUUCUUUUCAGAGCAAUUGGACUAGCAACAAUAGCUUCAUUGGUGGUUAUAGUUCUCACCGUGCUAUGCAACAGUCCGAUAGCAAAGUUACAACACAAGUUUCAGAGCGAACUUAUGGUGGCACAAGAUGAGAGAUUGAAGGCUAGUUCUGAGGCUCUCGUGAAUAUGAAAGUGCUAAAGCUAUACGCAUGGGAAAUCCAUUUUAAAAAUGCUAUAGAAAAGUUAAGAAAUGUGGAACUCAAAUUGAUAUCUGCAGUGCAAUUAAGUAAGGCGUACCUUCUCUUUCUCUUUUGGACCUCGCCGGUGUUGGUGUCUGCUGCUUCUUUUCUAGCAUGUUACUUCCUUGAAGUUCCUUUGCAUGCAAGCAAUGUUUUCACUUUUGUGGCAACUUUACGCCUUGUUCAAGAUCCGAUUACUGGUAUCCCGGAUGUAAUUACGGUGAUCAUUCAAGCAAAAGUUGCAUUUGCUCGGGUUCGUAAUUUCCUCGAGGCACAAGAACUACAGAGUGCAAAUUUCAAGAGCAGGUCCUUUAACGACAACCUCAAAGGCUCAAUUUUAAUAAAAUCAGCCGACUUUUCAUGGGAAGGUAAUGUAUCAAAGCCGAUACUAAGAAACAUAAAUUUGGACGUUAAACACGGACAAAAAGUGGCUAUUUGUGGAGAAGUUGGUUCCGGAAAAUCAACUCUUUUAGCAACAAUUCUAGGAGAAGUUCCUAAUACAAAGGGAACUAUUGGUGUUUAUGGGAAGUUUGCAUAUGUUUCCCAAACAGCAUGGAUCCAAACAGGUACGAUACGAGAAAAUAUUUUGUUUGGAUCUAAGUUGGACGAUCAAAGAUAUCAAGAAACUGUUCAAAGGUCUUCCCUGGCGAAGGACCUUGAGUUGCUUCCCUUUGGCGACCUCACUGAAAUAGGCGAGAGAGGAGUUAAUUUAAGUGGAGGUCAGAAGCAGCGAAUUCAACUAGCCCGGGCUCUUUAUAAGGACGCUGAUAUAUAUCUAUUGGACGAUCCAUUUAGUGCUGUUGAUGCACAUACCGCAAAAAAUUUAUUUAAUGAAUACAUUAUGGAAGGACUCAAAGGGAAAACUGUCUUACUUGUGACUCAUCAUGUUGAUUUUCUCCCGGCAUUUGAUUUUGUUUUGUUGAUGUCAAAUGGGGUAAUCCUAGAAGCUGGUCCAUUUCACUACCUAUUGACAACAAGCCGAAAAUUUCACAACCUUGUCAAUGCUCACAGGGAAACUGCUGGUUCAAACGAGCUUGUGAAUGUUACGGUUACCAAGAGAUUUUCAACUUCUAGCAAGUUGAUUUUAGUUUACUUCCUAAUCGGAGUUUCUUCGACCUUUUUCGCGUUGAUCAGAAGUCUGUUUGUAGUUGCUUUGGGACUUCAAUCUUCAAAACACUUUUUCUUACAGCUGAUGAACUCCCUCUUUCGUGCACCAAUGUCUUUCUAUGACUCUACACCAUUAGGAAGGAUACUAAGUAGGGUUUCAUCUGAUUUGAGUAUCAUGGAUCUUGACGUCCCAUUUAGCCUCACUUUUGUCGUGGGAUCGAAUAUAAAUUUUUAUUUGAGUCUUACAGUUUUAGCUGUUGUCACUUGGCAAGUAUUGAUUGUAGCUAUACCAAUGAUUUACGUUACAAUUCGCUUGCAGAAAUACUACUUUGCCUCAGCUAAAGAAGUGAUGCGAAUGAGUGGCACAACGAAAUCCUGCUUAGUUAACCAUGUAGCUGAAACUGUUGCAGGAGCUGUGACAAUAAGAGCUUUUCAUGAGGAAGAUCGUUUUUUCAAGAAGAAUCUUGAUCUAAUUGACAUUAAUGCUAGUGCGUUUUUUAAUAGUUUUGCCUCAAACGAGUGGUUGAUCCAACGGUUAGAAACAAUAAGCGCAGGUCUUCUUGCCUCUGCAGCGCUUUGCAUGGUUAUACUUCCACCAGGGACAUUCACUUCUGGGUUUAUUGGUAUGGCUCUAUCUUAUGGUCUUGCACUAAAUUUUUCCUUGGUAUCUUCAAUUCAAACUCAAUGCACUAUUGCAAAUCAUAUAAUAUCAGUAGAGAGGCUAAACCAAUAUAUGCAUAUACAAAGUGAGGCCGAAGAAAUAGUAGAAGGAAAUCGUCCUCCUUUGAAUUGGCCGAUUGCAGGCAAAGUAGAAAUAAAUGACUUGAAGAUACGAUACAGGCCUGAUGGACCACUAGUACUUCAUGGGAUCACAUGCACAUUUGAAGCAGGUCACAAGAUUGGUAUUGUAGGAAGAACAGGAAGUGGGAAAUCUACUCUUAUUAGUGCUUUAUUUCGUCUUGUGGAACCAACAGGAGGAAAAGUUGUAGUUGAUGGCGUAGAUAUAUCGUCUAUUGGCCUUCAUGAUUUGAGGUCACGUUUUGGGAUUAUACCUCAGGAUCCUACCCUUUUUAACGGGACAGUAAGAUAUAACUUGGACCCUUUAUCCCAACACACUGAUCAAGAGAUAUGGGAGGUUCUUGAGAAGUGUCAAUUGCGAGAAGUUGUCCAAGAGAAAAACGAGGGCUUAAACUCCUCAGUUGUUGAAGAUGGAUCAAACUGGAGCAUGGGACAAAGACAGUUAUUCUGUUUGGGGCGUGCUCUUUUAAGGAGAAGUAGAAUAUUGGUACUGGAUGAAGCAACUGCAUCAAUUGAUAACUCAACUGAUUUGAUUCUGCAGAAAACCAUUAGAACGGAGUUUGCAGAAUGUACCGUGAUCACAGUAGCACACAGGAUACCGACUGUGAUGGAUUGCACUAUGGUUCUUUCAAUCAGUGAUGGAAAAUUGGCAGAGUAUGACGAUCCAAUGAGCUUGAUGAAGCGAGAAGAAUCUUUGUUCAGGAAACUUGUCAAAGAAUAUUGGUCUCAUUUUCAGUCUUCGGAAUCACAUUGA